AGCAAACCGCGGAAAUUGCAUUCAGUGUAAAGCAGCCGUUAGCCAUGCCAACAAGUGCAUUACAAAUUAUAUUUUUUUAAAAGUACCACUGAGCGCAACAAUUUUCUCAUAAUUGGCCUACCUUAAAUAAUGCCAUAAAAAAUAAAAAUAUUUAAAAAAAGAAGUAAAGUUGUAAAAUCGGUUAAAAAUGUCGAUGCUCGAAUUGGAAUCAUUAUUGUAUCGUAAACGGAAUGUGGUUUAUGCUUUUGUGCGUCAUAAGUUAAUGGUGCUUUGUAGACAGUCGUUGAUACGCGUGCAGUCUGCUGAAGGCAUAAAACGUAUCGAGAUUUCACCGAAAGCUAACUUAAAGGAGCUCUUCGAAAUGGUACAUCAUAAUCUCAAAGUUGAUGGCUUCGGACUCUUCAAAGAGCGCAAUUUCCUUACAGAGUUGCAUUCUAGUCAUUCGCAAAAAAUUGGCUCCUGCUUGAAGCAUGGCGAUAUGUUGUAUCUGAAGAAAAUUGCAGGUGGAUCGAUACGUCGUACUAGCACUACUGCAAUUGAUGAUUUUGAGACUUCGAGUGUCAAUUCAGCUUCAGCAAGCAGCACCAAACUAUUUCAAUCUUCUACCGCCGUCGUGGAAGAUGAAGUGGAUCAAGCGUUAUCCAAAAUGGAUGGUUUGAUUGAACGUCCACGUGAUGCAAAGCUUUGUCGUCACAACGCUAAUGGUCGUUGUGUGCAUUGCUCACCACUUGAACCGUACGAUGAUAACUAUCUGAAGGAGCAAAAGAUCAAACAUUGGUCUUUUCAUUCAUACAUACGCAAACAGAAGUCUGGCAUUGAUCGUGGCAAGUAUGUCGCAUUCGAUGAUAUUAAUUGUCGCAUAAAGCCUGGCUGUCGUGAGCAUCCACCAUGGCCCAAGGGUAUCUGUUCCAAAUGUCAACCAUCGGCUGUUACGCUAAAUCGUCAAAUUUAUCGUCAUGUUGAUAAUAUUAUGUUUGAGAAUCCCACAAUCGUUGAGCGUUUUCUUGACUAUUGGCGUACCACAGCUCAUCAGAGAAUGGGUUAUCUGUAUGGCACCUAUGAGGUACAUGCUGAUGUACCACUUGGUAUACGUGCAACUGUAGCGGCCAUUUACGAACCGCCACAGGAGUCGACACGUGACUCGAUUAGGUUGCUAGAUGACGAAGCAGCAGCUGAGGUGGAGGAGUUAGCACAAGCAUUGGGUUUGAAGAAGGUUGGUUGGAUUUUCACUGAUCUCAUUACCGAUGAUCCAGCUGUUGGCAGUGUCAAGCACUUACGCGGCAUUGAGACACAUUUUCUCACUGCACAAGAGUGCAUCACGGCGGGCGAACUGCAAAAUCGUCACCCGAAUCCGUGUAAAUAUGGCUCUAGUGGUUACUUCGGCUCGAAAUUUGUUACAGUGUGUGUAACAGGCGAUAGCAGCAAGCAAGUACAUACAGAGGGAUAUGCUGUAUCAGCUCAGUGUAUGGCUUUGGUGCGAGACAAUUGCCUAAUACCCACCAAAGAUGCACCCGAAUUGGGUUAUGUACGCGAAUCAACAGAUAAACAAUAUGUUCCAGAUGUCUACUAUAAGGAGAAAGACCAAUAUGGCAAUGAAGUACAGCGUUUGGCGCGCCCGCUGCCAGUUGAAUAUUUGCUGGUGGAUGUGCCCGCCUCAACUCCACUCCAACCACAAUUCACAUUUACACAGUACAAGAAGCGCGGUGAACCAUUUCCGGUGGAGAAUCGUUACCUCGAUGGACAUUUGCAGGAUUUCGGUGCGCUAAGCACGUAUCUCUCCCACUGGACGGAACAUGAAUUUCUCGAGGCCAUUUCUGAUUUCCAUUUGUUGUUGUAUUUGUAUCGAAUGGACACAGUGCCGUUGCGCGCACACAUCGCCCCCCUACUGGAGGCCGUACGCAGCAAGAAUUCCGAUUUGGCUUACAGUUUUAAGGCCAGCGAACCAUGGAAGCUACUGGAGUCGCUCAUACAGGCGAGCACCGGCAGUGGCAGCGUACACUCUGCUGGCAGUGCAACGGUUGCUUCGAAUACGGGUACCGCCGCCGCUGGUGGUGGUGGUGCCGCCGGCGCGAACACUCAGUGGCAAUGCAAUCACUGCACUUUUAUUAAUCCGGGCGAAUUGAGCUCGUGCGAGAUGUGUUCGCUGCCGAGAUAAACGCUUUGUCGCACUCCUUGCUUUCGCCGUCAUCGUUGCCGUUGCUGCGGACGCAAUACGGAUCAGUUGAUUGCUUGGUUGGUUGAUUGGUCGGUCAGUUGGUGGGUUGGUUGGUGCUGCGUUCGCCUAUAAGCGCAAUGUGUGGCAGGAUUGUUGAUUGACAGGACUUCAUUAUUAUUUAAUUUAAAUUAUAAUUACAACAAAAACAAAACAACUAUCUUAACUAUUACAAUUUGCAGCAAACGUGUGUGAAAAAAGGAAGCAUGCAUGGAAAUAAAGGUUAUUUAAGAUCCUCUAAUCCUUACACUUGAUAUAUAAGUGUUAAUUGAAUAAAUGGUUUGGCUAUUGCAACUGUUUAGCUUGUACUUCUUCCGUUUACCCUCCAGUUUGAUUUACAAACAUAUAUACUCACGUGUUAACCUUGAAACACACAACUUUGGAAAAUAUAUCCUCAACAAAAUAUUUAUAAAAAUAACAGAGAAAUAAUCAAUAAACAAAAUCAAUGUCAUCGUCGUCGGUAUGUGUAAUUAUUAUGGCACUCAUGUUUAUGCUAAAAAUAUAGAUUCAAUAAAUAAAUAAAUUAUUUAUCUAUUAA